AUGGAGGGGCAUGCUGAAAUGGAAAUGCUGAGGACACUGAAGGGGCCCUCCACAGGGGAGGUCAGCGUGCACCUGGUGGCCAGAGACAGCCCAGGUUCCGGCCCUCACCUGCCCACUACUGCCUUCAUCAUUCCAGCCAACUCUGCCACUCUUGGCCUGCCCAGCAGUUCCCUGGAUGUGUCCUGCUUUCCACGGGAGCCGAUGCAUGUGGGCGCCCCGCAGCGAGUGACCGGCAGCGUACCUGUCACCGCCACCGUUCUGCCGCAGUUAAGCGCAGGGCCCGCGGCCAGCUCCAGCGCCAGCACAGUGCGGCUGCUGGAGUGGACCGAGGCCGAGGCCCCGCCUCCUGGGAGCGGCCUGCGGUUUCGGAUAAGCGAGUACGCGCCACUGAACAUGGUGGGAGCGGAGCAGCCCCCGAGCCCCGAACUGCGGCGGGAAGGCGUGGCCGAGUACGAAGCUGGCCAGGCCCCGGCGGGAGGUGGCGAUGCGGGCACCCAACAGUCGGCGGACCUCCCCCAGGACCCUCCAGAAGAUACCCCUCAGGAUCCCCCAGAGGAUGAUGGCACCUGCCAGUGCCAGGCGUGUGAGCCUCAGCAAGGCCCCUGUCCAGAUCCUGGCUCCUCCGGUGAUGGCUGCCCCCCGCUGUUCCAGGAGCGGUCAGUCAUAGUGGAGAACUCUGGCCAGCACUCCUCAUGCACCAGCACUUCUGAGCUCCUCAAACCCAUGAAGAAGAGGAAGCACAGGGAAUACCAGAGCCCAUCAGAGGAGGAGUCGGAGCCAGAUGCUAUGGAGAAGCAAGAAGAAGGAAAGGAUCCAGAGGGACAAGCCACUGCUAGCACCCCAGAAAGUGAGGAGUGGAGCAGCAGCCAGCCUGCGUCAGGGGAGAAGAAGGAAGGCUGGUCAUGGGAAUCCUACCUGGAGGAGCAGAAGGCCAUCACUGCCCCGGUCAGCCUCUUCCAGGACUACCAGGUGGUCACUCAUAACAAGAAUGGCUUCAGACUGGGCAUGAAGUUGGAAGGCAUCGACCCUCAGCACCCAUCCAUGUACUUCAUCCUCACCGUGGCCGAGGUAUGUGGCUAUCGUUUACGUCUGCACUUUGAUGGAUAUUCCGAGUGCCAUGACUUCUGGAUCAAUGCCAAUUCCCCUGACAUCCACCCGGCUGGCUGGUUUGAGAAGACUGGACACAAGCUGCAGCCCCCCAAAGGUUACAAGGAGGAGGAGUUCAGCUGGAGUCAGUACCUACGCAGCACAAGAGCUCAGGCUGCCCCCAAGCACCUGUUUGUGAGCCAGAGCCACAACCCCCCACCCCUGGGCUUCCAGGUGGGCAUGAAGCUGGAGGCUGUCGACCGAAUGAACCCAUCCCUCAUCUGUGUGGCCAGUGUGACCGACGUGGUGGACAGCCGCUUCCUCGUGCACUUUGACAACUGGGACGAUACUUACGACUACUGGUGUGACCCCAGCAGCCCCUACAUCCACCCGGUGGGCUGGUGCCAGAAGCAAGGAAAGCCCCUCACCCCUCCACAAGACUACCCAGACCCUGAUAGCUUCUGCUGGGAGAAAUAUCUGGAAGAAACGGGGGCCUCUGCUGUGCCCACCUGGGCCUUCAAGGUGCGACCCCCGCACAGCUUUCUGGUCAACAUGAAGCUGGAGGCCGUGGACCGCAGGAACCCCGCCCUGAUCCGCGUGGCCAGUGUGGAAGAUGUGGAGGACCAUCGGAUAAAGCUCCACUUUGACGGCUGGAGUCAUGCCUACGACUUCUGGAUCGAUGCCGAUCACCCGGACAUCCACCCCGCUGGCUGGUGCUCCAAGACAGGGCAUCCCCUGCAGCCUCCUCUCCAUCCCAGAGAGCUGAGCUCAGCCUCCCCGGGGGGCUGUGCCCCUCUCAGCUACCGGGGCCUGCCGCACACCAGGACCUCCAAGUACAGCUUCCACCACCGGAAGUGCCCCACUCCUGGUUGUGACGGGUCUGGCCAUGUCACAGGCAAGUUCACAGCUCACCAUUGCCUCUCGGGCUGCCCGCUGGCUGAGAGGAACCAGAGCCGGCUGAAGGCGGAGCUGUCCGACUCGGAAGCCUCGGCCCGUAAGAGGAACCUCUCGGGCUUCUCCCUAAGGAAGAAGCCUCGCCAUCAUGGCCGGAUUGGGCGCCCUCCAAAGUAUCGGAAGAUUCCACAGGAAGAUUUCCCGACACUGACGGCCGAUGUCAUCCACCAGUCCCUCUUCAUGUCCGCCCUGUCCGCCCACCCUGACCGUUCGCUCUCAGUGUGCUGGGAGCAGCACUGCAAGCUCCUGCCAGGAGUGGCGGGCAUCUCGGCCUCCACAGUCGCCAAGUGGACCAUCGACGAGAUGAUUGACGGCGAGGCCUUCCUUUUGCUGACACAGGCGGACAUUGUGAAGAUCAUGAGCGUCAAGCUGGGCCCAGCCUUGAAGAUCUAUAACGCCAUUCUCAUGUUCAAAAACACCGAUGACACCUUAAAGUGA